AUGUCCUCCCAUGUAUCGCCGCAGGCGGAAGCGCAGAUACCCUUCUCCCAGAUCUCCUCUAUACUCAGAGAUCGCGUCUUCCCGCUUCUCGCGGAGACAUUCCUCUUCGCUCUAUACGCCGUCCUCACUGGGUACUUCAUCUCCAAGCGAUGGUCAAAUCGCAGAACGAACCCAUUACCAGCAUUCAUACUCUGGACGACAUUAACGAUGUUCGUCGCGUGCGUCGGGUACUGGGUCAUCGAUGUAUAUCUAUUGUGGGCAGAAGCGUAUAGAUUCCUUCCUCGGCAGACAGAGUUGCAAGGCACCGGUAUCUUCUUCGACGGGCUCGACAUGCCGUGGUCUCCACCUCUCUACGUCCAAUCAAUCUUGCAGCUCCUUCUGGUCCUGCUAGGCGAUGUUGUAUCACUGUGGCGAGGUUAUGUCAUCUCUGGUCGCCCACGAUGGCUUCGAAGACUCGUGAUCAGUAUCAUUGUUGUUGAGAGCCUGAUCUAUCUCUGGGUGGCGAUCUCAUGGUCGACGUACUAUCUGCCUCCUUCGAACUCUGGGUUCUAUGAUGCUCUUGUCAAGUCUCGGCGUCCUGUCGUUUAUACGUCAUACGCUAUCACGGGGAUUGCUCAAACAGCAUCCACCGUGACGAUCGCACACAAAGCAUGGGCCCAUUGGAGGAACAGUAGCGGCUUCGUAGUGAAAUCGUCGAUGCACUCUAGUCUCGCGAUGCUGGCCAUCGUGAUAGAGACAGGCGUUGCAUAUCUACUGCUUCUAAUCUGGUUCGCCACUAUUAACGACUUGAUCGGCCGACACGGUUCGGCGGCAGCCGUCACCUCCAGCUACUACUUUACUCCACUUGUAGCGAUGUAUCCAACCCUUGUCGUGGUUCUCGUUUCAAUCAGGAGGUCUCCCCUGGAGCCUAGCGGGGUCAGUACUAGCGCAGCGUCUGGGCGACUGCGUUUCGCCGCUUCGAGUAGUACAAGUGAAGACUCUCCUCUCCCUCGUGCAUCUAGCAGCUACGCACAGUCCUAUGGAGAUAUGCGGAUGGGAUUAUUCGUGGUGAAUCAUACUGAGCCCAUCGGCGGGAGCAAGGACUCAGGUAAUGGUUCGGGAGAAGGAUCCCGCUUCACUCCCAUGUCAUUUGCAUCGCGGCACGAUAUGUUCGCUAUUGGUAGCGUGUGA